AGAAGCCCCUCCAAUGCUUGGGCGAUCUCCUGAUGGCAGGUGUGUGUGCACAGGUGGGAGUGUAAAUAAGAGAAGAAUUGCUUGAUUAUAACACCUUGUUUCUCUCAGGGCAAAAUGAUAAUUCUAUAAAGCUCUAGCUACAUGAUAAUAUGCAUUCAAAGAAGCAUAAAUGAGCUAGCAGGGCUUAGCAAAGGCUGCAGUCUAUCAGUGACAGUCAUUUUUCAACGUGCUUCACUGACACGUCAAUGACACGUCAUCAGCAGUGACUGAGAAGGCUCAUAGAGUGGCAGGUUGUUAUUUGGAGUUAUUUGGUCUAUCAUCCUCAUUUCCCCCCUAAAAAUGCAUUUGGACAAAAAAGCAAGUAAAUACAUAAGUAAAUACAUAAAGCGCACAUUGUCCAGUCAAAGUACAAAUUACACAAAAGGUCAGACAGCAGAACUACAAGUUCUGUGUUUUGUGGUUUGAAAGUGUGAACAACUUUUCUAUGUGACCCCAGCAAUACAACCACAGUCGUCUCUUGCUUAAGUGAGGGUGCAGGAGGGUGCGGAAACAUAAAAUGUGCAGUUAUCAACUCACGUUUGUUUCCUUAGAACUGUGUCUGCCCUGAAAGGAGAACUGAAAGACAGAAAUCGCCCAAAACGUUUGACCAGCACCAUUAAGAGGAAAACACUUAGCGCUGAAAUACUGUACUGAAGAAGUUGUCUGAAAGAUUCAAACAGAAUCAUGGAUUCAGCUGUAGAUGGAGCAAGUAACUACAAUGACUACUAUGAUUAUAAUAAUACAUACCCUUUGACACCAUCAGCGCCCACAGAAGUGUCUCCAUCACAUUGCACUGUGAUGUGUGCUUUACUGGCAACAGCCAGUGUGAUUAUUAUGGUUCUUGGUAUUGCUGGAAAUGGUUUGGUGAUCUGGAUUGCAGGGUUUAAGAUUAAGAAAACAGUCAACACUGUCUGGUACCUCAGCCUUGCUGUGUCCGACUUCCUCUUCUGUGCCUUCCUGCCCUUGUCCAUUGUCUAUAUUAUUAAGGGUGAUUGGGUCUUUGGUCGCUUCAUGUGCAAGUUUACGUCCUUUAUCUUGUUCCUCAACAUGUUCAGCAGCAUCUUCCUCCUUGUCAUCAUUAGCAUAGAUCGCUGUGUUGUGGUUAUGUUUCCUGUAUGGGCACAAAACAAGCGCAGUAUACGCAGGGCCUGGGUGAUGGUUCUACUAGCCUGGGUCCUCUCAGCAUUGCUUAGCGUGCCAGCGGCCAUUUUCCGACAUACAGAAAUUCACAACUCAAAACACGUCUGUUACUACAACUUCACACACGAUGAAGAACAUGUUGCUGUAGUGGUAUGCCGAUUCAUUUUUGGAUUUGUGAUCCCCUUUCUGAUCAUCAUUAUCUGUUAUGUCCUCAUCAUCCGAAAGCUGAAAAAUAACCAGAUGGCAAGGUCCAAUAAGCCGUUUACUGUCAUGACAGCACUGAUAGCUGCUUUCUUCAUUUGCUGGAUGCCUUAUCACUUUUUUAACUUAUUGGAACUAAAUCUAAAAUAUGCCAGUGUCAUCCCGACCGGACAAAUAAUUGGAAGCACUCUUGCCAGCGCCAACAGCUUUAUGAACCCAAUACUUUAUGCUUUCAUGGGAAAGGACUUUAAGAGGAAGUGUUAUGCACUUCUGUCUAAGAUUGAGAGCACGCUCGAGGAGGAAGCCCGGAGUACACUCCGAGGGACAUCUAUUACUUACUCAGGAGACGGCAAACUUUCAAGUACUGUCUAAUGUUAUCAGAGGCCUUUUAAGAAUCCCAUAUUAACAAAAAGAGGAAUUAAUAUCUGCUUCAUAACAGCCAGCUCAAUAACAGCGAACUAAAGAGAUACAUAUAGAUAGUGCUCUGUUAAUAUUGAAUAAUAUUUCUAAAAUAUUGCGGAUGUAUUUGGAAAGAAACAUUUACACUGAAAUAUUACAUUUACUUCAGGUUAUGAAAGGAUGUACUGAGCUGUCAUCUUUCAAAGUUAUUAUUAUUAUUAUUAUUAUUAUUAUUAUUAUUAUUAUUAUUAUUAUUAUUAUUAUCAUUAUUUUUUUUUUAUUUAUUUUUUUUUUUAAUAAAUUAAGUAAGGAAUAAAACAUGAUGGGGUGUAAUUAAAAAAAGAAGGAAAAAAAGAGAAAAAAACAGAGAAUGGUUUGGGAACAGCUGUUUGUAGGUGUUGUAAAUGAUGACAGGAACUUGUUUCACAUACAUUCCACAGCAUUAAAUGUAACCAGAAAUGGAUGCAAAAUGUACGAUAUUUUGUUCUUUAAAUAAAAAAGAAAAAAAAAAGAUUCAUCAGCAAAUUGCUCUGCUACAGGAGUAAUAAAACACUUCAGAACAUGUUACAGGAAAAUAAUCAACUUCAGGGUGUUAAUAGUAACUUUGCUUACCACUGGGCCACCCCAUCAUUGAUUAUUUUCCAAUGACAGCAUGCCCCCAAGAGUUUGAUUCUUUACUUAAUAUUAAAAGGUUUAGGUGUUAAUGGUUUGUAUCUGCAAAAAUGCUUAUGAAAUUAUCUCACUCUGAAAAUUUUGCCUGUAAAUGUAUGCAAGAGCAUUUAUUGUCACUUUCUACAUCAAUCUUUAUACUUAAAUAAUAUGAAUAUUAUUUGAUAUUCACUCUGCACCUUAUGUUAAUCAAUUUGUGCAUUAAUGCCUAAUAACUGUGAUUUGCAUCCUUUUAAUGUUAAUUAAUUCUGUAAUUUUCUGUAAUUUUUUAAAUAGAUUAUUUUGCUUUUAUUAUCUUAUAUAUUAGUUUGCAAUGUUUAGGGCAGUACUUAUGUAUCAUUUUAAAAAUUCG